AUGGUUACGAUGAUCAAAAGAAAGUUGCUGAAGUCUACCACUUUAGCUCUGACUCAUGGAGGGUUCUUGAUCUCAGCCCCGUCAGCCCCGUCCUCCUUGAGGAACUGUAUGGUUAUGAGACUAACUAAUGGUUUACCGGAUGGUUUUCCGAAUCAACGUGGACCUAUGAGCUUUUUCAUUGACGAGGAGAAGAAAGUCGCUCUGCUUUUCUACUUAGAAACACAUACUACACAAACCAAGUCCUAUAACGACCAAAUGGUUUACAUCUUUGGAGAAGAUGGAUACUUGAGAUCUGUCAACAUGGGACCAGUUCCAGUUCCCCGGUGGGAUCUUCACCAACUUGUGGGCUCUUCAUAUGUUCCAAGUUUAGUGCAGCUCCAAGUUUAA